GUAGCUCGCAUUUCCAGGCGAGCGGCGGCGCCCGCAGCACCUGUCGCCCGGUGCACGGGCGGGGAGGACGGCUCUGGGCAUGGCCUGGUAGAGUGCCCUCGGAGACGGUGCGGGGUUCACUCCGGGGCAGGGCAGGGCGACCGAGGGACGUCCUUCCCCGGUGUCCGCGAGGCCUGCGGCAGCAUGAAAAAGAACCAGACGGUGCAGGGUACCUUCAGCAAAUUCUUCGGCAAGAAGAAUGCCAACUCCAACACCACCUCCCUCUACGCCACCAAUCCCCCCUGGAUUUUCACCCAAGAGGCCCGGGAGGAGGGUACCAGGGACCUCGAUGGGAUCUAUUAUGGAGACAAUCGGUUUGACACGGUGAGCGAGUCAGGAACAGCCACGCUGAAAGCUCGGCCACGAGUCCGGCCUCUACUGACCUUCCUUCCUCUGAAUGCCCAGGAGAACCAUGGGCUUGCUGUGCCCACCCCCUCUGUCCCAGAAGACUUUGCAGACAAAGAAGUGACAGGUACCAGCUCAUUAGUCAACGGCAACCUCCGAUUGUACAGCUCUGUGGGUGACCUGAGGCCUGCGCACUAUGGCCAGGACCCACUCAUUCCCCCCCCUCCCCCAGGUCCCGCCCCAGGGCCACCCACAGGACCACCCCCAGACACUUCACAAUCUCAAGGGGAGUCCCGACCACCACCUCCACCUACCAAGGCUUCCCCACCACCUCCCCUGCUACUGGAACCCCCACCCCCGCCCAACAUGGCCCCACCUCCACCCCCAGUACUGGGGGCCCUAUCUCCCCCAUCCACACCCACCCCUCCAGAUUUCAUUCCCCCUGCCCCGCCCUUGGCCUUCCUAGCCCCACCCCCACCCCCAAUGCCAGCCCCAGCACCCCCAGCUCCAGUGUCUCCUCAUAGAACGAAGACUUACCUCUUUCCCCCUGGGAAUGUCACUAAGUGGAAAUCAGAGGUAGCACUGAAUGGCAGACAGCCAGAAGCCCCCAGAACCAGCCCCCCCAGCAGCCCUGCUGAACCAAAGGGGAGCCCCCUGGGACCCAAACCAGAGCCCCACCUCACUUUCCCCCGUUCAUUCAAAGUGCCUCCCCCAACGCCAGUCAGGACUUCGUCCAUCCCAGUUCAGGAAACACAAGGGGCUCCUCCAGAGGAAGAAGGGGCCACCAAGAAGGCCCCCAGUCGACUCCCUUUGCCUCCCACCUUCCAGGUCCGCCCCGCAUCCCAGGUCUACCCAGAUAGGGCCCCGGAACCAGAUCGCCCUGGGGAGCUCAGGACGGUGGCACCUGCCAGUCCAAGGCUGGGCCAGUCCCAGUCCUGGACAAAUGAACAAGCUGAGACUCCACUCCCAGCCUCUCCCCUGCCCCUUCCCACAGCCCCGCUCCCUCCCCCAGCACCUCCACUCCCUCCCCCAGCACCCCCCUUUCCCCCAGCUGCCCCUCCUUUGCCCUCUGCUGAGAAGGCAGCCCCUCCACCUGCUAGGUUUACGAAAAGCCCCAAAUCCAGCUCUCCUGCUCCCAAACCCAAACCCAACCUCCCCAGCCCAGAGGACACAACCUCUUCAGAGCCUGUGGACUGGCGGGAUCCCAGCCAGAUGGCAAAGCUGCGGAGCGAGCUGGCAGCCUACCUCUUUGGCUCCAAGAGAGAGGACCGAUGCACUAGUCACAGGCCGGGCCCAAGAGUGGCCUCUCAGGAAAAGGAGGGCAAGAAAGGCCCCUGCCUGCCAGAGAAGGAGGCUCCCCCGAGCCUGCCAGAGAAGGCGAUACCACCAAGUGAUCCUGAGAAGAGUCCCUGUCCGGAGAGAGGGGCCGCCGCCAGCCUGACCCUGCCCCCUGUGGACUACAUCCCCCAAGACUCUCCAACUCCCAGUGUCCAGCAGAUCCGGAAUGAACUGGAGGCCCGGCUUUCCUCAUCAGCAGGGAAGGAGGCCAAGCCCAGCAUAGGGUCUCUGCCUCCCAAACCUCGGCUAGAAGGAGGAAGAGUCUUUGAAAACAGGGCUGAUAAUGGCCAAUCCUCCAAGCCUGUGGCCAAGAAUCUGCCGCCACUAUCCACCACCCCUCUGCCAACCACGCCACUCCAAUCCAAGGCCACGCCUGGGCCUGCCACACCACCCAAGGCCACGCCUGGGCCUGCCACACCACCCAAGGCCACGCCUGGGCCUGCCACACCACCCAAGGCCACGCCUGGGCCAGCCAUAACAUCCACAACCUCAACUCGGCCUACAUCGUCUCACCUGAUAGCAGAGAAGAACCUACUCCCGGCUGAGCGGUGGAAGAAACCAGAACCCCAAGAACAUGCAGUGCCUUCCCAGACAGAGGCAGAAGGGUGCCCCUCAGAGGCCAGUAAGCCCCAGACACAGGGAGCCCUCUCAUCUCCAGCCCUCCCACCAAAGAUAUCCCUUGUCAGAGAGGAGGGGACAUUUCUCUACAAACCCCAUCACAGCCAGAACAGCCUCAGCCGAGAGAUUGCUGUGGUGAUACCCACCAUGGUCAGAGGAGAUGCUGCAGGGUCACAAGAGCCUACGGAGGCGAAGGGGCUCCAGGGGCUGCCAGCCAAACCCCCGGCCUCAGCCCAGCCUGCUGACGAACUCCUCAGGCAUCCGGUGACUGGGGAGGUUGUGGAGCAGGGCUCCCCCAUGGCCCUGCUCCUUGCAGCUAGGCAGAGGGCGCAGAAGGGGAGGGCUGGAGGGCCUGGCGUGGGUCGGUCCUCCCUGCCAGGGAGUCUUCGUGACCAUGGCAGCCAGCACCAGGCAGGCUCUGACAGCAUCUUCCUCAAGGAGGGCCGGCCCAACUCCUUCACUGUGGUGCCUAAGUUACCCAUGGAGGCUGAGAAGGACCUGCAGCUGGCCUCGUCAGCACAGCCCACUGUCCCCAGUCCCUGGAAGCCCCAGCGGGGCAGAGACCCAGAGGGCACAGAGCCAAUCCGAGGGCACAACUGGACCAAGGAGCUCCAGGCCCCUGUGGCCUGGGAAAGACCAGCAUCCUCCAACCUUCCCCAGGACCGCCUGCUGCCCAAGUCCUUCUCAUCCCAUUCUUCUCCUUCCUACAAGAGGGAGGAGGAAGAGGAGAAAGAGUUCAGCUUCGAGGUCAUCCCACCGCCUCCAGAGUUCAGCAAUGACCCUGAGCCCCCCGCCCCGGCCCUUCAGUAUUUGGGCCGCCGGCGCUCCCCUCCCCGGAACAAGUUCUCAGACUUGGGGCAGCCCCUGCACGCGGGCCCCGCGGCCCCGGCAGCGCCUCGCGGCUUCUCGCGCCCUCCGGCGGGUGCGCACUACGCGGGGACCGGAGGCCUGGAGCGCUUCUCCCGCGGGGGCAGCUCGCUCAUCAAGAAGCGCCUGUACGUCGGGGAACCCCACCGCAACCCCGGGCUGUCCCGCGCUGGCAACGGCCGCAGCCUGAGCUCCCCCAACUGCUUCGGGCCGCAGCCCGGAGGGCCCUUCGGAGUGCCCGGAGGCCCGGAGAUGCGGCGCGUCAACUCGGCGGGUCGCGCGCCCCCCGGCGGCCUGAGCGCGCGGAGGAUGUCCCUGGAGAGCCCGGCCCGCGGAGAGGCCAAGUACAAAGCUCCUGGUGGCGACCAUGGCUUCACCCCCGCUACCAGCAGGUCACCCCACAGCACCCCCUACUAUGGAAGCCCCAUCAACACAUUCACCGUGAGGCCUGGAACCCGCCAUCCCAUCUCCUAUGCGUACUCAGGGGCCCAUCGGAAUGCCCUGUCCUGAGCCCAGGGUUCUCUCAGCUCUACCUGAGGGUGUCAGAUCCAGGCCCUUGUUUUUGUGGGGGUGGGAGGGGUGCAGCAGGAGUUAGGCAGCCUGACUCGGGCGCAGAGGAGUCUUUGUUGUCGGAAGACAGACAAAUGGACGAUGAGUAAGAAGCAGCAGCCCUGGC